AUGCGCCCUUCACUCGAUUCUUCCCUGGGAGACCAGGGCCUUGCUACCGAGCAACGCAGUCUUCUAGAUCUCAUCGACAAGCUUCAAUUCGCACAGCUCGACGAUGUCAAACUUCCACAAAUUGUCGUCGUGGGCGACCAGUCCGCUGGAAAGAGUUCCGUCCUCGAAGCUCUUACCGGUACACCCUUCCCUCGCGAGGCCGGCGCCUGUACACGAUUCGCGACAGAGAUUCGCAUGCGACGAGCAAAGGAAACAAAAUUAAAGGUUUCCAUCAUUCCCGACAAAAACAGACCUCAAAGUGACCAAGCCCGUCUACUUCAAUAUGGCGGCGACGUCACUGGUGACACACCGUUCGAUGCGAUGAUGCGUGAUGCAACAGAAUUGAUUGCUCCACGAAGUAUCCCCGGUCGCUUUGCCGCUCGCGACAUUCUCGUUGUUGAGAAGAGCGGUCCCGACAUGCCACUAUUGACUCUGGUCGAUUUGCCUGGUCUUGUUCGUGUCGCCAACCGAGAUCAAUCCGAGAACGACAUCCAAACCAUCGAAGCCCUUUCCGAUCGAUACAUGAAGAGCUCCCGAACCAUCAUUCUUGCUGUUAUUGGCGGCAACAACGAUUAUGUUCAAGCUCCUAUCCUCAAGAAGGCCCGUCACUUUGAUCCCAAGGGAUCACGCACUAUCGGUGUCCUCACAAAGCCCGACAUGACUGAGCGCAUCGGUCUCGAGGAUAAGUUUAUUGAGCUUGUUACCAACAAGGAUCAAGAAAACAGCUGCAAGCUUGGCUGGUUUGUCCUCCUCAACCCCGGCCCAGGCGAGCAAUGGCAGACUCCCGAAGAUCGCGCCAACCGAGAAGCCGAGUUCUUUUCCCGUGGAAAAUGGGCAACUCUUCCUCCUGAGAUGUGGGGUAUUGGUGCUCUCCGCGCAAAGCUGAGCACUCAACUUCAGCGACACAUCGGCAAGCAUGUCAAGACUCUACGUCGCCAGAUUCAGCAAGCCCUGGAAGGCUGCGAGACUCAACUCAAGGCUAUGGGCGUUGGCAAAGAUACCCCAGAGGAGAUGCGUUUCCAGAUGGGUGAACUCUUUACAGCAUCCAACAACCUUGUCACCCCUGCUGUCAACGGUAACUACAAGAACCCAUUCGGUGAGCGAUUCUUUGCUAGACAGUCAAGCCCUAAGGGUACACCGUCGCAAAAGCUUCGUGCUCGUAUCCGCGAUGAGAGUGAGCGUUUCGCAAAACGGUUCCGACAGCACGGUCGUAAGGUGACCUUCCAGAAUCCGCCUCCUGCCGGUGCCAAUGGCGAUGCUGCAAACGGCGCUCAAAACGGUACACCUCUUCCCUCCGCUAUUGGCGAUCGCAGCAAGAAAGACUUUGCCGAGUAUGAAGUUGAACCUCUUCUCCGACAAAUCCGGGGUAAUGAAUUGCCCCUCGACUCCAACCCCCGAGCACCUUACAUCUUGUUCCAAGACUACUCCCGAAACUGGCCUGUUCUUGCCCAAGAGUACAAGGACAAUGUUGGUGUCAUCUGCAACGAGUUUCUUGCAGACGUUAUCGACCACGUCUGGCCUAUGCGCAUGCGUGAUCCUCUUCGCAUGCACUUCCUCGAGCUGAGAAUGAAGGAGUUGUAUGAGAGUGCCGACACCGAACUCGGCCGUCUUACCGACGACAUGGAGCUCGAGAUUCAACCUUUCGACCCCGAGUAUGAGGAUCGUCUUCGCAAGUGGCGCGCCGAGGCUACCGAGAAUGGCGGUACCUACACUGAAGCUGAGGAGGUUCUGGAGAAGAUGCUUAUCUACUACGAUCUUACCGCUCGCAUCUUUACCCGCAACGUCAUCACUCAAGUUGUUGAGCGACACCUUCUUCUCGGUAUGCUGCGUCUCUUCAAUCCUAUCGAGAUCCUCCGCAUGCAAGACACCACCAUUGAGGCUAUUGCUGCCGAGAACAAGGAGACUCGCGAACGUCGCAAGACUCUUCAAACUCAGAAGAAGGCCAUCGAAGAGGCCAAGGCUAUCUGUGCCAGUCUCGCUAUGCGAAGCGAGUUGCGAGCAUACGAGGAUGAUCCAGAUGAUGAUGUCCCAACAGACGAUGAAGAACAAGUUCCUCAGAUGACCCGUCGUCAGGUUGGCGCGCCUCAGAACAUUCCCCAGAACAAUGCAUCCCAGAACGGUGCAUCCCAAGGUGGACUGCUCCAGACACAACCCACUCCCCAGCCUCGCACCUCUCACGAGUCUACCCGUAGAAACCGAGACAGCCGGGACGAGCGACAAGAACGGCAAGAGCGAGAGGAACGAGCAAGCCGACCUCCCGUCCCAACUCAAGACUCCUACCAGAACGGCUACCGACAAGAGCCCAGCCGUGAUUGGGAGCCAGUGUACCACCAGCAGGCUCAACAGGCCCAACCUGGACAUGCUCCUCCUCCCCCACCUCCCCGUCCUUCAAAGGUCGGCCUAGGAGAUGAGGGUUACGGUCGUCAAGAGUCUUAUAGCGAGAGUCCUGGACGAAGUGAUCGCCGAGAGGGUGCACGACAUAGACUUGUGAACGCCAUGCGAAUGGGAAAUUAA